AUGACUUCUAAAUCCCACAUAAAGCCUACCCUCCAGGAAACUUCAACCGAGGAAGAAGCGUCAUCCCUAGCGCGAUCCAAAAAACCAACUCCGAAGCACGAAUUUGAGGGACACGGUGACUACAUAUGGAGGUUCGUAUUUUUGCACGAUAACGUCCACAUCGUGAGUCAUUCGUGGGACGGCACGAUUCGCAAGUGGAACUGCGACACAGGACUUCUUGUCGGAAAACCAUGGAAAGGCGAAGGAGGGGAGAUACAUGCACUGGCGCUGUCACCGGACGGGAAGAUAAUUGCGUGCGGGAGGGCAGACGGAAGUGUUCAGAGGUGGAACACGGAUGGGGAGAUGAUCAAAGAUGUUUGGAGGGGUCAGACUAAUGUGGUCUCGCUCUCGUGGUCUCCCAGCGGAGAUCAUAUUGCCAGCGGAUCCCAGGAUGGAAAAAUCCUAAUUCGAAAAGCAGACAGUGGAAAAGUCGUGGUGGGUCCAAUGGAAACAAGGCAGGGCGAGGUGCUUGCUCUUGCAUAUUCACCUUGGGGAGAUAGAAUUGUAUCCGGUGGGGAGAACUGUACGAUCUGCAUAUGGGACAGCAAGACAGGCAAUCUUAUUGCUGGCCCGCAAGCCCUGGGGUGCUUUGCUGUGACAUCGUUGGUGUGGUCGAUGGACAAUAGCAGAAUCUACUCUGCCUCCGACGAAUCCGCACGUGUUUCGAAAGGCGACUUUGUGAUAUUUCCCCCUGAUCAGUCGCACUCAUGCGAACCACCGGCGGCACCACAACCCAAUAACAAUGUCCUGGCUUGCGUGGGCUGGGGAGGUAUCGCACAGCUAUGGGACAUAAAGUCCAAUCAGAAACUCGGCCAGCCAUUUCACCGGAAGGAUGACAUUCGGCUUUUCUGUGUGUCAUUCUCAAAAGACGGGAGAUACCUGGCGUAUAGCGCAGAGGACGGGAGACUCACUCUAUGGGUGGUCAAAGACAUGGCGCCUGAACUUGCAGCUCUCAUGAUCGAGUCACUGCCUGUCUUGCCUUGCUCGGAGCCUGCGACCAUCACAUCCACCCAAACAACACCAGAACAGAAGGCUCUCUGGCCCUAUCAUUAUCUCAACACGAUGGACCGUCAGUGUUCUGCGAAUGACCCACAAGAUGAUAAGGGUAAGGGCAAAGAAAAAGUUGAACCUCCUGCUCUCGCUGCCAAGCUCGACAGGGAGGCAAAGAACAACAUCUGGAAAUGGGUCGUUGAGGUAUAUGCCGUGCGCGGGUUGCAGACUGAAUAUCAGCCAGGAGACAAAGUCAAGUAUAGGCCCAUAGGCGGGGCGACGUCAAAAGUCGCCGAGACCGUCGGAGAAAUCGUGGACGUGAAGGGUUCUGGUGAGGACACUCAGUACUCCAUCAAAAAUGACCACACUGGGAAAACCACGACAUAUUAUGCCCGGAACGUUGAGGGCAAGGUUCCAGAAUCAGAGUAA